CAUGUAGUCCUUCGAAUGCCUGAUGAGCGGCCGGCGUGGACUGCACAAGGAGCAAGAGCUCGCGGCAUUGCGAUGCGCGCGCGAGGUCGUAGCCGAGGUGCCAAGGCAAUUCGUCACGGCCCCAGACCAAGACGCAAUCGGCAGCACCCACAGUGGAAGCAUCAGCGGCGCCAGCAGCUGCCAGGGCAGCGGCACCACGAGCAGGUCGCAAUCGCCGCAGUCGCCCCAGCUACUGCCGGUGGCCUUUGAGCUACUGCCGCCGUACAGCCCCCGUGUACCGGAUGGCGAGCGGCACAAGUACGACAGCGUACGGAUGCUGCUGGAGGAGUACUUCGUGCCGCAGCGGAAAAUUGUGCGCAACACAGUCUACUGCGGCCGCAGCGGGGUCGACCCCACACGCAAGCUGGACGCGGGGAACAAGUAUGAGGCGUGCGCUGUCGCGGGUCUGUGGCUGGGGCCGGAGCUGGUGUGUGGCGCGGCGCUGCGACUCAACUUCCCGCCCACCUCCUGUGCGGUGCUGGGGCGGGCGCCGCCGGCCGACGUGGCGGCGGCGCUGGCGGCGGGGCGGUGGCGGCCGCAGCUGCAGGUCGUCUUCAUGCGCACGGCUCCGGGCCACGGCCGCCGGGGUCUGGGGCGCCUGCUGUCGUGCCUCAUCAGCAGGCAGGCCGCACGGGCGCAACACGAGUUGGUGAGUGUGGUGAUGAGCGGCGCCGACGCCGCGCCCUUCUGGACGAAUGCGGGCUUUGCCGCACCGCCACUGCAGCCGCCGCAGCUGCCGCCCACUGCCAGCCUCCUGCACCGAGCCGAGGCGGCCCGGCGGGCGGCGGCGGCGCGGCGCGCGGUGACGGAUGGCGAGCCGCACGCGAUGCGGUGCGAGGUGUGGGUGCGCUCGCUACUGCCGCCGCUGCCGUCUGCAGAACCGAAUCACCGAGAGGAGCAGGAGGAGGGGGAGCUAGAGGGCGAGGGGGAAGAUGCUGCAGCGGCGAUGCGGGCGGCGGAGUCGAACAUGGAGGUGGCGGAGCAUGACUGCGGGACCGUUAGCGGCAAGGCGGCUCACGCACGCCUGGUCGAGGAGGACAUGGCGGCGGCUGUCUCGCAAGCUGCGGAGCACUUGCGGGCCGCCUGCGAGCAAGUCGGAGCGGGGUACGAACGCGCAGCUGCUGCGGCUGCUGCUGCGGCCGCCACUGCUGCGGCCGCCACUGCUGCGGCUGCCACUGCUGCGGCGGCGGCGGCGGCUGGAAACGCAGCCGCAGCGGACGGGGCAGCUGCUGCGGCAGCGGCGCUGCCCGCGCAGUCUCCUGUAGCGACAGCAACCGCAGCGGCUACUGCCAUAGCCGUGCCGGCAGCCCCUGCCGAUGCAGCCGGCCGCAAGGCCAAGCGCAAAGCGGCGGCGGCGGCGGGGGCGGCAGGACCGGGGGCGGGGGCGGCGGCGGUCGCAGCCUCACCAAGCGGACCUACAGUGGCAUUUGCUGCGGCGAGCUGCGCGCCGCCUUCAGACGAUGCCGGUUCUGCAGGCUGGGUGGCUGUAGGGACUGAGGCAGCGGCGGCGCCCUCCAUCGCGGCGUUUACUCAGCCCCAGGGGAAGAAGCAGCGGCUCCAUCAGUCUCGCACGCCGACGCCUGCGCCCACGGCGACGCCACCGCCGCCGGCAGCAGGACUGCUGCCGUCGACAGCCUCCGGGGCGCUCGUGACAUCAGCAGGACCGGCGGUGCAGGCGGCGGCGGCGGCAACUCCCGCAGCUGCGACGCCGGGCAUGGUGCCUCGCGAGGCGCCCAGCGCUGCAUGCACAGCAGCCACUGCUGCGGCGGCGGCACUACUGGCAGUGCCCGCGGAGCUGAAGCCAGCGCCAGCGGCGCUGCUGCCAUCUCUUCAGGUGGGGCCUGCUUCUGGGGCUCCUGCUUUUGCUGCUGCUGCUGGCGACGACUCGGUGCAGCUGGGCGCUGGCGACACACGGGCGUCGGCGGCCCAGCGGCCACCCUUCGCAUUGCAGCCGCCGCCGCAGUCUCGGUCGCAGCAGCCGCAGCCGCGGCCGCGGCAGUCGCCAUUAGUGCCAGAACCAGGAGCCGCAUUAUGGUCUGCAGUUGCAGGUGGGCCAUGGCAGCCGUCGGCUCAGCUGCAGGCCCAGACGCCGCCGCCGCGGCCCGGUGGCGGCAGUGGGCGGGGCAUCGGCGCUGGUGGCUUGUUGACUUCAGCCCUGCUCGCCGCCGCGGGCUUUGGCCAAGCGCGCGAUAGGGGUCCUAGUGCUAGCGAUCCUGAGGACCAUGCGGCUUGUCAGCGACCGCCGGAGCCCGAGCCGGACCUGGAGCCGGACCUGGGGCUUGAGCUGGAGGUGGCUGGGUUUGGGCGGGCACUGGUCGACCUGCUCAGCCGCUUUGAAGGCAUCGUGCGCCGACAGCAGCAGCGCCAAGACCACCAGCAGCAGCGCCUGCGGGAGCUGGACGAGCAGGCGCAGCGUCGGAAGGCCGGCGGGUGUGACGUAGCCGUGCAGACCGAGCCGCCAGAGGCAGUAGCCCGGCACGACUUCGGGAUGCAGGCCGGCCCGCCCAGCGUGUUCUUUGCCUACGUCCGUGAGCCUGUAGAGCCUCUGCCUCCGCGGGUGCCGCCGGUGCUGGCAGCAGCUGGGUCAGGGCUCGUGUCCCGACCGCCGCCGCCGCCGCCGCCUGCACCUUCUUUACCAUUGGCGGCUAGCACAGCCACCGCUGGCGUAGCGAUGGGUUCGCCGCGUGCAGCCGGCGCAUUCCCCGACAUCGCCGCGCCCAGCGCUUCUGCUGCUGCUGCUGCUGCUGCUGCUGCCACUGCUGGUACUGGUUCGGAUGCUACUGCUGGUGGUGCGGACGCUACUGCUGCUGCCGCGGCCGCAAUAUCACCAACAGCACCACCAACACCCGCCGCCGGUGCGGCCGCAGCGUGCCCGUCGCUGCCGGGAGUUUCUGGGGCGUUGAGUGCACCGGCAACAGCAGCAGGUGCUGGGUCCUGCGCAGCCUCUGGGGCCAGCGGCGGCAAAGCGGCGGUCACCGGCAGCGGUGUUCCUGCUGCUGCAGAGGCGCCCAGCGGCGCCGCGGCAACGGCCGUCAGCACGGAGGCCGUGGAAGGUGGAGGCAGCCCUAUGCAGCGCUCCUUGAGGCCGUCGAGGUGGGAGCGCUUUCGAGCCCGCUUGGGAGCUCACACGCCAGCUGCUCCAUCGGUUCCGGCAGAGCUGCCGACACCGGCGCAGCAGGGCGGGCAACAGCAGCGGCAAACACCCACCACGGCAGCUGGGACCGCUGCGGCCGCGCUGGCCGUCGUCGGUGGAGCAAUGACGAUGCCGCCGCCUGCAGCUUUGGCAACUACGACGCCGCUGCCGCCCCCUGCGCCGCCGCCGCCGCAGGGGGCCAGCAGUCCCAGCAAUGCGCAGCAGCAGGAACAGGCGGCGCCAUCACCAGCGCAGCGGUUUAGCAGUUGGCCCCUCACGAGUGUGUUGUUCCUGAGGGACAGCUCGGCUCUUAUGAAUUGCAGUAGCACCAACGGCAACAGCAAGCCGCUGCCGGGCUCGCACACAACAGCCAUGGCUCAGGAGGCGGCGGCGGCCUCGCCGCAGCUCCGGCGGAGCCACGACACCGGUAGCAGCGACAUCACGGCGGCGGCCCCAAGUGACUGCUGGAGCAAACCGCGCCCACCGGCCUCUGCAGACAUCUUCGCAGCUGCUCCCCCGCAGCCGCCGUCACCGCCUGUAGCUGCGGCGCUCGCAGCCACCGCACAGGCCGCUGUGCGCGGACCUGGCGCCGCCACCAAUGAGCAGCAACCGCCGCAGGCGGCCCUUCCAACCAGCGUUCUUUCCACCAGCGGCGGCGGCGGUGGCACCGUCAAGACUGAAGCGCAGCCGGCGCCGCCGUCUGCAGCGCCGCUGGGCUUAGUCGCUCCUUCGCCACUAGCGCCACUUGCGCCGCCCCCUCCUCCACCGCCGCCAACGCUUCCGCCACCGCUGCAGUCCUUGUUUGCGCCGGCUCAGACGCCGCUGCAGCUGCAGCAGUCCGCACGCAUGUCAUCUCGCGGCGGCGGCGGCGGCGGCAGCGGCGGCUCCAACUGGAAUCCUGCUGCCGCCGUCGCGGUACGGCUGGAGCACUGGGCACCCGCCGCUCUGCAGACGCCUGCAGGCCACCUCCAUCAUAGCCAUCCACCCCCAGCAACAGCGGCAGCUGGUGCUGGUGCUGCGGCGGCGGCGCCUGAUGUCGCCAUGCAGUCGGGCAUGGCGUUCGCGCCUGCUGGCAGCGGCGGCGGCGUCCCGGCAGCGGCAGCGGCAGCCGCCGCGGCCGACCCCAAUUACUUGCAGUUUACGGGAUUGCAGCAGCAAGGGCUGCUAAUGCCGAAUGCAGCCAACGACUUUAGCGGCCUUCCUAUGUAUCCGAUGGCCGCCUCACACGCCGCGCCUGCCGCCGCUAACGGUCCCCAGCUACCGGCGGCGGUGCCAGCAGCUGCAGCGGCGCCGCCACAUGCCGGGGAGCGCGGUGGCGGUGGCGGCGGUGGCGCCUGCUGGCACAGCCCGAACCCGAUGGGCCGCACCUGCCACAGCUACAGCCACAGCCACAUCUGCGGACGCAGCCAUAGCCGUAGCCGUAGCCGCAGCUGCAGCCGCAGCCGCAGCCCCGAGGGGGACCGGCAUGGAAGUGGGGGCGGUCGAGGCACACAACCGCCUCCUGCGGCAGAGCGGCGGCCGCCGCCGCCGCCGCCGCCGCAGCAGCAGCAGCAGCAGAGUGUGUUGGAGGAGAGCUGCCAGGUGCUCAGCAACGUGCCGCCCGAGCUGGCUUCGCGCGCUGAGGCAGGCGACUUCGCCUGGCUGGGCAUUGGGCUGUUGCAGCGGUACGUGGAGUACCAGCGCAGCUGGCCGGAUGUCGGCAGCAGCUGCCGGUGCGUGCAGGUGAAGCUGUUGGGCAGUGCCACACACGUCGCGCUCUUCCGAGCCGCCAAGGACCUCAAACAGCAGCUGGGGGUCCGGAUGACGCCCUUCCUGUCGCCGGAGGUGCGGCUGCUUCGCGACAGGCGUGCGGAGACAUUUCGGCAGUUGCAGCUCGCCAGAAAGCAGCCCAAAUGGGAGGGGGCCUCGGCAAACAUUAGCUUCUUGAACGGGCAAGGCGUGCGGGUGGCGUUCCUUUUCUGAGGUCGGAUGGAUUGCGGGUGGGUGGAUACCGUAUGGGCGCGAAGUCAAGGCUGGGAUGCAUGGUCAGCGGCUCGUGGUUGGGAUGAGACAUGUGCGCGGGAGUUGGGUUGGGUGGCACCGCUGGCCCUGGUAGGCGGCGAGGAUCAACUCGGGGGAAUGAGCAAGGGCCAGGGAAGGGAAUACUUGACGGGGAAUGCAUUGGGCGUGCCAGACCGCGCGGUUAUGAUGCUGGGAUUUGCGCAUAUAUAACUCGGUGACGUGAAGGCUCACUUGAAGGCAUUACGGUUUUAGCGGGGGGGCCUCAGGUCCUGUGGUCUGCCGCAAUGCGUCCAGAUGCGAAUGGGGUGCGACGAGGCCGCCGGGGCCAAUCCGGG